AUGCGCACCUUCUCGGCCGGCCUCACGGCCAUCUUCGUGGCGCACACGCUCGCUGUUCCGCCGCCAGUCCAAAUUCCCAUCACAGCGGAUAGACGGAUACACAAAACCUCUGGCACCACGGACUCACAUCGCAAACUUCGUGGCCGUUUCCUACAGAUUACAGACUUUCACCCCGAUCCUCAUUACGAAGUAUACUCCUCGACCAGUAAAGAUGGCGCCUGUCACAGAGGGCAGGGUCCUGCGGGCAUCUACGGUGCAGAGACCAGCGAGUGCGACAGUCCCUUUUCACUCGUGAACAAAACAAUGGAAUGGGUGGCGGAGAAUGUCCGAGAUAAGAUCGACUUCGUCAUCUGGACCGGUGAUUCUGCUCGGCAUGACAACGAUGAUGAGCUUCCUCGGAGUCGCGAGCAGGUCGUAUCACUCAACAAAUUCUUGGUUCAAAAGAUGGCAGAGACUUUUGGCAAGCACAACGGUGAUGAGACGGACGAUGAUCCCAACAAUGAUUUCAUCAUUCCCAUCGUGCCCAAUAUCGGCAACAACGACAUUCUUCCACACAACAUUCUCGCCAAGGGUCCCAAUGACUGGACACGAACAUACUCUCAGGUUUGGAGGCAGUUCAUUCCUGAGGUGCAAAAGCAUCAGUUCGAGCAGGGAGGUUGGUUCUACGUUGAGGUCAUUCCUCACAAGCUUGCCGUCUUCAGCUUGAACACCAUGUACUUUUUCGCCAGCAACACUCUCGUCGAAGGCUGCGCUGCGCACUCUGAGCCAGGAUACCAGCAGAUGGAGUGGCUUCGCAUUCAAUUGCAGUUCAUGCGCGAGCGCGGAAUGAAGGCCAUGCUCAUCGGCCAUGUGCCGCCAGUCCGUCAGGAUGCCAAAACGAGCUGGGAUGAGACGUGUUGGCAAAAGUAUGCUCUUUGGACACGCCAAUACCGCGACGUCAUCGUCAGCACGCACUACGGACAUUUCAAUUUUGAGCAUUUCAUGUUCCAGGAUUUCGAGCAGAUUGACAAGGACACCAAGGAUGGCCACAUGAGCUACCUCCGUACCGAACAGAUCGGCGAUGGUGAUGUCGAGUCGCAGCUCUCCAAGAACUACUGGAUGCAGUUGCGCGAUGAGUGGUCGACCCUGCCCAAGGAGCCCAAGGCCCUAACCUGGAUGGAGAGUCUUCGAAGCGAUCGCGACUUUGAAGCAGAGGCGGCCGAGUAUUUCAAAAAGAUCGGCGGCGAAUAUGCCGAGCGCUAUUCAGCAUCCUUUAUCAGUUCAAGUGUGGUACCCAACCUGUUUCCCACUUUCCGGAUUUUCGAAUACAACAUCGAGGGACUCGACGAGGAUGAGAUAUACUCCCAACCUAUUCCCCCGCCUGCAACCGAGCCUAUCUCGGACAUGGCAAAGAAGGAGCGACAGCACUGGUUCGAGGUCCCUGAACCGCCAUCCAAGUCCGCUCCUCCAGGGCCCGCUUACUCCAUGCAAGCCUUCUCUCUGCUGAAAUACACGCAAUAUUACGCCAACCUCACCGUCAUCAACAACGACUUCACCAGCAGCGCAGACGCGGACAACGAGCUCGACGCCACUAAAUGGAACGAGGGCAAACACAAGGGCAAGAAGCCCCACGAACGCGACCACAAGCCCAACCCGAAGAAGUUCAAAUUCGAAGUCCUCUACGACACCGCCAAAGACGAAAUCUACCACCUCAAGGACCUGACCAUGCCGAGCAUGAUCGACCUCGCCCGACGGAUCGGCAACUUCAAGCCGGAGAAGUACGUCAUGGACUGCCACGGCGGCGAUGACGAGGAUGAGCAAGAGAAAGAUGUAGACGCCGAGAAGAAAAAGAAGAAGCACAAGAAGAACAAGCACAAGAAGGCCCACAAGCACCGCAAGCGCAACGAGGCGUGGUACGCGUUUGUCUCACGCGCUUUUGUGAAUACCAUGGACCCAGAGCAGUUGGAAGAGAAUUUCGGACAUUGA